AUUUUGGCGAGCGACAACGUCUACCGUGAGAGCUGGUUGGUCCGCAACAUGUUGGACACGCUGCAGGAGCUUGAGACCAAGAAAGUGACGCUCACGCACACGCGGUUCAUGGUCGACGAGGCCGGGGAGAUGUUGAUGGAACAGGAUCCGGCCACUUUUCUGGAGGGCACGACGGAGGCAGGAGAGGACGAGCAGGAGGACGGGCUCGCAAGGGACAGGCAGCUUUUGAGAACCGUCCGCGUGCCUUUGGCGCUGGGCUCCGACAUCCUCCUGCACUGCGCCAAGCGGUCCUGGCAAUUGUGGGACCGCUAUGCACUGCAAAAAUGUCUGGGUCCGGAAGGUUGGAACUUGUCAUGUCAAACCUGAAUCAUGCAAAAAUCUGUGUUGCAUGAUUGCCAAAUGCUGUCCACUUUUGAUCAAGUUGAGAGGCAGUUUCUCGUGCAGGAUAGGCAUCAUGAUAGUGAUGAUCUCCCGGAAUCUGUCAUGCUAGGUCCUCCAUUACAGACCUCAUGGGUCAUGGAAAACCUGCAUGGCGAGUCUAGCAAAGUUCCAGAGAGACCGAGACAUAUUUGCAUUUGAUAGCCGCGCGCUGAACGGCGAUGAGGAGGAGCGGAGGCGCAUUGCCGCCCAAAUUGACUUGCGCGGGGAAGAGAACGCCAGCGAGAUACUGGAUCCGGAGGGGGACGAUAUGGUUUGUUCGAACGAGUUUUUCGAGUUUUCCAGUCUUCAUCAUCAGAUCCAGGUGUACCCGCGGGCGAGGCAAUUUCUGGAGAAGAUCGCACAGCUGGUGUUCGAG